AUGGCCAGGAGAAACGCGGCGGCGAAGACGCCGCUGCUACUGGUGGCGCUGCUCCUGGUCGUCGCCGCCACGCCGCUGCAUGCCGUGGGAGAGAAGGUGAACGUCAACCGCUGCGAGAAGCUGUGCUACGCGUGGUGCAUAAAGAAGCCAGUUAUUGGCACACCGGAUACAUGCAGGGACGUAUGCAGCCAGUACUGCAGAGCCCCCCGCAAGUUCCGGGACGGUCCCCCGGGGUGGACUCUCCCUCCCAUGUAGGGGGAGAACCCCCACUGUGUCAGGAGGAGAUGGGCACACCGGCGGCGCCGCCGCCGCCGGUGACCCAUUCCUCCAUCUGCUGUUCUCUUGGUACAUGGGUUGACGCCGAAAUAAAACCAUGCUUACUUUCCUAGCCUUCUUUCUUCACAAUUAUCGUUGUUCACAAGGCAGAGCAGAAACGAGAAGACGAGAAAUCCGAAAUUAUUGUGAACAGCGAAACAAUACUCUGCUAUAGUAGGUAAUCGAGGCUACCCACUAAAUAAAUGCACAGUAUGUCUAUCAAUUUCCUUAGCUGAUGAGAGCGAGUUUGUGAUAGAAGCCGCCAAAAUCUGAGUCUUCUCCGUAGAGCAAGAUAGUAACCCUCCGCUAGCUCAUGACGUUAUACACAUUCUGCUCUUGCGAAGGUAACCAUGGAUGGGUCUAAUUGACCUGCGAAAGAGUCUCUCAGACACAAUAAGCACCGGAUUAAAUUGCAACAGCUGAAAUUGGUACGCAUUAUAAUAUAGUUGACCCACUUUUUUAUAAUAUAUUUGCUCAACUAAAAUGGAUGUGAACAGGUCAAAGCGGUCGGUCAACGGGUGACCUAGGUGAGUACAAGGAUGGUAAACUGUUUGCUAGCUCAUGAGAUUGAACACAAUCAGUUCUUGUGAAGGUAACCAUGGAUGGGUUUAUGACCUGCGAAAGUGUCUCUCAGAAAAAUAAGCACCAUAUUAAAUUGUAACAGCUGAAAUUGAUACGCUUCAGACUCUAGUUGGCCCGCAUUUUAAUUAUAUAUUUGUUCAACUAAAAUGGAUGUGAGUUGGUCAAAGCGGUUGGUCAAUGGGCAACCUAGGUGAGUAGAAGGAUGGUAAACUGUUUGCUGGCUCAAGAGAUUGAACUCAAUCUGUUAUUGUGAAGGUAACCAUGGAUGGGUCUACUUGACCUGCGAAAGAGUCUCUUAGACACAAUAAGCACCGGAUUAAAUUGAAACAGCUGAAAUUGGUACGCAUUGGACUAUAGUUGACAACAUUUUUUGAUAUAUUUGUUCAACUAAAAUGGAUUUGAACUGGUCAAAGCAGUUGGUCAACGGGUGAUCUAGGUGAGUAGGAUAGUAAAUGUUCAUCAAUGUAUUUCAUGGGAUAAAUUUAAAAAAGCACAAUUUUUUUGUAGGCAGUUUGAGUGAAAUUAAUCGGUGUUCAGUACAUAUUUUACAUGAGAUGAUCCUUUCUUCCGAGAGAUAACCUACCCAGAUGUAAAUUAUUCCCGGAAAAGCUUGUGCUUUGCUAAAGUCCGCGUUGACUUGCUGGGGGCCCAUAAACGUGGGAAGGGAGUGUCCACUCCCUAUUCACAUAUAGGACGCUUUAGAUUAUAGUUGACCCACAUUUUUAUGAUAUGUUUGUUCAACUAAAAUGGAUGUGAAUUGGUCAAAGGGGGUGAUCAACAGCAAACUAGGUGAGUAGAAGGAGGGUAAGCUGUUCGUCGAUGCAUUUCAUGGAAUAAACAAAAAAAAUCACUUUAAAAAGUUUAUAGGCAGUUUGAGGGAAAUUAAUCAGUGCUCAGUGCAUAUUUUACAUGAGAUUAGCCUUCUUCCGAGAGAUAACCUACCCAGAUGUAAAUUGCUCCCUGAAAAGUUCCUGCUUUGCUCAAGUCCGCUUUGACUUUCUGCUUAGACCUUUUCUCAUCGCAGUGCGGGUGUAGACUAA